ACGGGUAGUGAUCAUAUAUAACCUUCAUCUUAUCAUCGUCCUCUGAAGACUUUUAUUAGAGUUGUUAAAUCUCUGGAUCGAGUAAAUGUAAUGUUGGGCUUGCUUUUUAAGUUGUGAAAGUUGAGUCAAUCGAUCCUCAGUACAUCAAGUUAUAUAAUGUCGAUAAAGUGCGAUUGAAACAUCAGACAAAUCAGCUGAAUAAUCGUACUCAUGAAAUCAACAGCAUGAUGAAAUGGCCGCGCUGGUGGAAAACGACACGAGCUUCAUUCAGAAGAGAAACUCCAGCAGUUCAGCAUUAGACUCACAGCAGCCGUCUCCUUUAGCCCUGUUGGCAGCCACCUGCAGCCGGAUUGAUGAAAGCGAUGCAGUAGAACAGCAGCAACAAAUGGACCUCCAGCAGCCCCAUCUAUCUCAGACCAGUAAUGGUUGGCACAUCAUCCCGACCAGCACUCAGACUGUCAUCAGCUCCAGUAGCACAACUCCACACACAGGAGAUGAUAAAGGUCGACAAACGACGUCCACAAGCACUGCAGUUCCGCAACAGCAGUAUGUAAUGGCAUCCUCGCAAAACCUUCAAGGUCAGCAGUUGCUCACGACCCUCUCGGGGGUAAUGCCAAAUAUUCAGUAUCAGGUGAUCCCACAGUUUCAGACUGUGGAUGGACAACAGCUCCAGUUUACACAGACACCUCAGGAUAUGUCAGCCGCAACAGCGGGACAGUUUCAGCUUGUGUCCUCGCCCAAUGGCAGUCAGCAGCUCAUUGCUGCCUCCACCAACCGAGCCGCUGGUCCUGGUAACAUAUUAACUGUUCCAGGUCUGUUUCAACAAGCCAUACCUCUGCAGAACAUCAGUCUGGGUAAUGCUGUGCUGCCCGGGCAGACGCAGUUUCUUACCAACAUGCCCGUCCCGUUGAAUGCUAACAUCACUCUUCUCCCAGUUGGUUCUGGUACUUCUGCUGGUGCCGGAGUUGAUGUGAGCUCCGGAGGAACGUUAGGAACUUCUCAGCUGUUUCAGAACGUAUCGUCUUCGAGCCAGGUGGAGUACUGCCCUACUAGCAGCACACAGACAACCACAUCAUGUGGUGUUACGCUAACUCAGAGCAGUAAAGGUGAGAUGGGGAAAAGCUUCCAGAAUGAUAACAGAGAAGGACAGAAGGCCAGUCAAACUCAGAUUGUCAUCCAACCGCAGCAGGUCCUGCAAGCUGUUCCGCAAAGUGCCGUCUCAGCCGGUGGUCAGGUGUUUGCAACGCAAACGCUGUCUCAGGAUGGAGUGCAGAACGUUCAGAUCCAGACCAUUGCAAACGGUAGCCCCAUUCUGAUCCGUACCGUAGGUCCAAAUGGUCAGAUCAGCUGGCAGACCCUUCAGCUGCAAAGCCCUGCUAAUGCACAGAUCACGCUGGCGCCACUUCCGGCAGCUGGUACAGCAGGAACCAUGCAGCUGUCCGGCCUUCAGACCAUUAACCUGAACUCUCUUGGCAACACAGGGCUGCAGAUGCAUCAGCUGCAGGGCGUUCCAAUCACCAUCACCAAUAAUACAGGUGAUGCAGGUGGAGAUGCUCUGGAGGACAGCAGCAGUGUAAUGGAUGAGAAUGUGGAGAGCAGUCCAACACCAGCCAGCAGACGCACACGAAGGGAAGCGUGCACCUGCCCCUACUGCAAAGAUGGAGAGGGACGCAGUGACCCAAGUAAGAAAAAGCAGCACAUCUGCCAUAUUCCUGGAUGUGGGAAGGUGUAUGGGAAAACGUCCCAUCUGCGGGCACACUUGCGCUGGCACACUGGGGAAAGACCCUUCGUUUGCUCCUGGUCCUUCUGUGGGAAACGCUUCACGCGAUCCGAUGAGCUGCAGCGACACAAGAGAACGCAUACAGGUGAAAAGAAGUUCUCGUGCCCAGAGUGUCCCAAGCGUUUCAUGCGAAGUGACCACCUGUCCAAACACAUCAAGACCCAUUUGAAUAAGAAAACUUCAGCUGGAGCUGUGAAUAAUAACGACAACACUCUUUCAACCGCAGCCAGCGCUGACGGCUGCGAUACCAGCGACGUGUCGAGCCAGCAGCAAACUCUCUUAACCAUGGACACGUCUUCAGAUGGGUUUGGCCGUUUACCGCCCGGUAGCAUCAAUGUCAUGCAGGUCACAGAUCUUCACUCCAUUAAUCUGAAUAGCAAUGGCUAUUAAUGAACAUUGGCUGGCUACAUUGUAUUGUGUAUUCACUCACAUGACCAGGAGGUGAAUGCAUUGUAAAGCCCAUGACGCAUGCUUUCACUGAGGUAGUUUGAGGUGUGAUAGCAUCUAAAAAGUGUUGCUUUACCUCAUCUUCUUUUGUUUUGCAUCCCUUCCUUGUAUAUUGUAUAAAGUCCUUUGGGUUCUUUUUAUUAAUUCUCUAAGCUGAACUUGUAGGGUAUUACUCGGCAUCACUCAGUAAUUCACUUGGUGUCCAGGAAAAGGAUACAGUGGGUUAAAAGUAAACAACAUAAGCACAGAAAGUUUGAAAGCUGUGGGAAACUGAUAUCAUAGUUGUCUUUUUUUAGUCUUUAUUAGUGUACUCACAAGCCAUCAUCUUUAUGUGCAUUAAUCACAGAAAAAAACUACAGAUUUGAUACAGUUUGCUUUUUGUACAUAAGUUAUAUUUUUUCUAAGCAUAAAAACUGCAAAUUCCGAAAAUGAUCUUUGUUUUGUGGAUGUAUGAAUUGUGCAGUCUUAAGCGUUACCAUUUUAUAAUAUGUAUAUGGUCCAUAACUUGCUUUGUUUCCUUUGUCUUUCUAUACAAUACACUUUUAAGUUACAGUAAAUAUUGAUGUAUGUGCCAGUUUUCUUGGUAGCUCUAGUCUUAAGCAGUCAUUUUAAUUUAUCAGAAUUUUUUUUCAGUCAGUUAAAAUUGGUUAAAGCCAAAAGCCUUAAUAUCUACAUUAGAGGGGGAUUUUCCAUGAAUCUAAUGAGUAAUAACCAAAGCUUUACACUUUUCAUAUGUGAACUCAGGUGAAUGUUACUCUUGGUGUUAAGCACUCAUCAUGAUUAAAUUAAGAUGAACUACAUAAA